CGCUCUUGCAGCUCCAGCAUCCCGCACCUACAGCAUUCUGCAUCCAACCCAGACACGCUGCUGACUUUAAAAGGAGUUACCCCAAGUUACAGCGGACCCCACGCCUGCUGAUGUCUGCUGGUUUUUAUUUAUUAGUUCAUUUGUUUGCAGGGGUAGGGUGCAUUAUUUUUGCACUGGGGAAAUGUCUCUCCUGUAAAGGAGCAGAAUAUAACAUUAACAAAGCAUCAGAGAGUGACAAAAACUGAAAGCAAAGCCCGCAACCGCACAGGCGUGAAUCUAUUUAUAUAGCGAGCGCUACUUGUGCUUCACCCUGAGAGGAGCUGUAACUCCCUCUGCAUAUGUGAUUUUCCUCCCAGGCUGCACAAUGAAGUCUGCUUCACCUAUUCCUGCCACUUUCCUACAGUUUUGUUGGUGGGUUUCUCUCCUACCCGUUCCAUUUUUCUCUGGUAUUAAGGCGCCCUUCGCUAAAUGAAGCCAAUUAAUAAAUGGAGACGUUAAGCAAUCAAUUGUGCCUGCCUAUCUCCCCAGCCCUGCGUACUCCCGGCUGUAAUCGCAAGAUAAAUGCGAUGUGCUGAUGUAUGGUAAUGUUCAAUAAUACAUUCUCCGCCAGGCUCGAUUCAUCAGGGACUUUCUGGAGGGGAGGCAUUCGUUAUUGGCUGUCUCCGGACCUCAAGGAUAACAGUUCUGUCCUUUCCAUUGGCCGACCCACUGCUGCAAGCCUCUUCCCGUCUUAUUUUGAUGAUGAAUAUGAAGGCAUGCUGAGCCGUGCCGGAGCGCAGCGCUCGCCGACUGCACUCUCUCCCAGCCUCAAGGACUGCGGGGCUGCCUCGCUGCCUCCCCUGCCCGCCGCUGGCAGCAGCAACCCCCGAAGUUGGGAUGCUUUUCUUCACCCAGUGCUUUGGGGCUGUCUUAGAUCUCAUUCACCUGCGGUUUCAACACUACAAAGCGAAGAGGGUUUUCUCAGCCGCCGGGCAGCUCGUCUGCGUCGUCAACCCAACGCACAGCCUGAAGUAUGCACCAACCCGUUGUGCAGUUGCACAGACAUCCACGGAGCAAGGCAGCCUUCCUCCCUGCCAUCACCAUGAAGCAGUGCACGACCCCCAGCUGGUUCCCUGCAUGUGUCCUCUCUUCUCCUGCCCAUGGGAAGGGCACCUGGAGGUGGUGGUGUCCCACCUGAGGCAAACUCACCGCAUCAACAUCCUUCAGGGGGCAGAGAUUGUCUUCCUGGCCACGGACAUGCACCUGCCCGCACCCACGGACUGGAUCAUCAUGCACUCUUGCCUUGGCCACCAGUUUUUGCUGGUUCUCAGGAAGCAGGAGAAGUACAAAGGUCACCCCCAGUUCUUUGCCACCAUGAUGCUGAUCGGCACGCAAACCCAGGCUGACAACUUCACCUAUCGGCUCGAGCUCAACAGGAACCAGAGGCGCCUCAAGUGGGAGGCAACUCCGAGGUCGGUGCUGGAGUGCGUAGACUCUGUCAUUUCAGAUGGGGACUGCCUUGUUCUGAACACUUCCCUGGCUCAGCUCUUUGCUGAUAAUGGGAGCCUAGCAAUAGGAAUUGCAAUAACCACCAGCAAAGUUCACAACAGUGAAGCUGAAAUCUGAGGGAGAAGAGGAAGAGAAGGAGGAGGAGGAAUAAUGGUGCUCCAGCUGCUUUGUGAGAGCCAGAACUUGCAGACUUUUUGGGGGGGUCUCAGGUCUUUUAUGGUAUUUAGUACUGGUCCACAGUGGGCAUUAUGUAAACAUCCUGUGGUUACGG